AAAAAAAGGAGGCAGCCACCAUCCUCCCUCUAUUUAAAGAGCUUGGCCGGCCACUCCCUCCUCCUUUGCCUCAUUUCUUUUCACUUCCCACUCCUUUCUUCACUCCCACACACUCUCCUCCUCCCCUCCCCACGAAAUAUUGCUCCCCCAAGGCUUCAUGGCCGGCCAUGGCCAUGGAAAGAGCUCCAAGAUGAAGUCCCCUCCUCCCUCAAGCUCCUCCUCACCAUGAGAGCCUCCCUCUCCUUCUUCUCCCCAACCCUAGAUGGUUUUCUCUCCUCUUCUUCUUCCUCCCUUGCUAAGAUUGGAUCUUGAUGCAGGUGCAUGUUGGUCCAAGCAUGGAGAAGCUUGAGCUAUCCUCAGAUCUGAAGUUCUUGAGCAAAAUCCAAAUCGAGUGGUUCAAAGUUCUGCAGAUAGGUAUUGAAAAUAUCUACAACUUGGCGUUGGUCUCAUCCUCAAAUUCGUUAGGGAUUUUGCAUGAUCAAGAUCUGGUCAGAUCUGACUUUGUCGAAUUAAACCAGGAGCUUGGAGACGAAUUUUUGAAUGACACCAACUGGGGGAUGUUUGGGUUAUACCAUGGUGAUAACAGAGAGAGGCAAUUGCUAAGUUGUGAUACUCUCAUACCUUUACUAGACGCGAGCAAUUCCGGAGAAGAAGAAGAAGUGGAAUUGGACAAGGAUUUUAUUUAUAUUGUUGGGAUUCUUAUAUUGAUAGAGUUGAAGAAGUACAGGGACAAAUAAGCCAAGACUUGGAGGAACACGAUGGAUGAAGAAGGAGUUGGCGACGUCUAUGCGAGCUAGGAACGUCUUCCCAGUCAGUUGCCUAUAGGGUUAUGGCAGAUGACUUGGGUACUGCGCUGCUGAAGUGAUGAUGCUACUCUGAUGUUUAGUUAGGCCCUUCGAGGCUAUUAUGUAAUUGUCGGUCAUGUGACCAUGUUGUAAUUUUCUUAUUCCGCUUUGUAAUUGGAUGGUGUAAUUUGAUAUCAGUUCGGUUAUGUGUUCACGGCGCACUGAUCA